AUGAGAGUUGACUCCCGACUCAAACGGGCUGACGAAGGAAUCACCCAGGGCAUGACACAUCGGCUCGACAAAGUUAUCCGUGAUACCGAAGACAUCAGGCGCAGAACACUUGAGUCCGCUCUGGUAGAUAUGCCUCUUGAUUUCGAGGAGCACGAGAGACCAUGGGUUGUUGAACGCAUUAAAAACAGCUUUCGGGUUCAUUUUUCCGACGUUCACUACAACAUCGUCGAUGGUUGUCCUCUGGUUUCUUAUAACUUAGGGAGGGACAAGGCGUUCACGUUCAAAGAGCCGGCGUAUUACCUCCAAGGUCAGGUUGGCACCGAUGAUAUCCCUGCUCCAUCGAAUGUCGAUCCAACGAAACAGCAAGUGGUAGGAACCGACUCUGUGUCUGAGCCCUCAGUGCAUGUGUUGUCAGCACAAAAGGCUCCUGACCCUGAAAAGCCUAGACGACAAUCUGUGGCUACAACUCCAACAUUGCCAUCACAAAGCAACCCAGGCCACGAAAGGCCCAAACGUCAAUUACGGCGCUCAGAAGUUUCGGAUGUGAGACAACACAAAAAAGCACGAAUUCCAUCGCAAGGAGCUGCCGCGAAGUCAUCCUCAGAGAACCGAGAGGUGAAUCGCCCCGUGCACCGUUACAUCGUUCAGUGUCGUUACGCCGAGAGCUGGAUUUUCUCGUAUGUGACCAAUGGCAUCCAAGAGCACUUCAUCCUCCGUUGCCCGGUCUCCAGUUGUCGCGAUCGCAGCUUCAGCCGAAACCCGAUUGAGAGCGGUUGUGGCAUCACGCAUUUGCGAAACCAUGGUAUAAAGAUCGCCGACGAGGACGAUCUGGUGCAAAAUUAUGCGCGCCGGAUUAUCUUACGCGACGAGAGUGAGACUGCACUCUCCUUCGUGGAGAGACAUAAUAAAGACGUCCGUCGGCUCUGCGAUAUCGCAGAUAUCGCAGAUGGUGGAGACACUGACUCCAAGUCUGACGUCGACGAGGAUAUUGACGAGCUUGGUCAGGAUACGAGCCCCUUACCCCAGAUUCUCAACUCAGUGAGGUCGGACUUUGAGAAGAGUGGUGCUUCGGAAGUCUCUCUAGUUAGAUGUGGAGACUCAGAUAGUUGA